CGGGAAAAAGGCUGCUGCUGCUGAUACACACAUGAAGGCGGAAUAAAGCUGCGCUGAGACGGCAGGUUGUCGGAGAUAUUAUCACAGGGAGACAUUGGAACCUACUGACACCCACCGUGGGAUCUCCAGGUUUCCUCUGCUUCACCCACAUCAGGAGAAGUCAUGCAGGCCUUUCUGAAAGGAGCCACUGUUCAGGCAGCCCGACCUCAGAAGGACAAGGCAGCAGCCGGACCCAGCACGGAGAAGAAAGCCAGGGCGCUUCCAUGGGUGGAAAAAUACAGGCCCAAGUGUGUGGAUGAGGUGGCCUUUCAGGAGGAGGUGGUUGCAGUGCUGAAGAAGUCUCUGGAAGGAGCAGAUCUUCCCAACCUGCUCUUCUACGGGCCUCCUGGAACAGGAAAGACCUCCACCAUCCUGGCUGCUGCCAGAGAACUGUUUGGUCCAGAGCUGUACAGGCAGAGGGUGCUGGAGCUGAACGCCUCAGACGAACGAGGCAUCCAGGUCGUCAGAGAGAAGGUCAAGAACUUUGCUCAGCUCACUGUAGCUGGGAGUCGCACAGACGGGAAGCCGUGUCCUCCUUUUAAGAUCAUCAUCCUGGACGAAGCCGACUCCAUGACGGCACCGGCCCAGGCCGCCCUCAGACGGACCAUGGAGAAAGAAUCUCGCACCACCCGCUUCUGUCUCAUCUGCAACUACAUCAGCAGGAUUAUUGAGCCUCUGACCUCCAGAUGUUCCAAGUUUCGCUUCAAACCUCUGGCCAACCAGAUCCAGGAGGAGCGUCUGCUGGAGAUCUGUCAAAAGGAGAACCUCAAGUACACCAAGGAGAGUAUCGCAGCAUUGGUGCAGGUGUCUGAGGGCGACCUAAGGAAAGCCAUCACCUUCCUGCAGAGCGCUGCUCGCCUCAACGUCGACAAGGAGAUCACAGAGCGCGCCAUCAUUGAGAUAGCCGGGAUCGUCCCCGUCAAGAUGAUCGACAACUUGCUCCACAUCUGUUUCAGGGGAACAUUUGAGAAACUGGAGGUAGCAGUCAAGGACAUCGUGGAUGAAGGCUACUCAGCCACACAGGUCCUGAGUCAGCUUCACGACUCCAUCAUCGAGGGGGACCUGAGCGACAAGCAGAAGUCGGCCAUCACAGAGAAAAUGGCAAUCGAGACAGUGUCGAAGCCUGAGGAUGGUAAUGAUGAUGCCACUCCCGGCCUUUCAGCUUUAUAG